AUGCCCUACACGCAGCAAUCAGUAGAACUAACACACACGAACGAGGCACAUAAAAAACGUACAUGUACAAGACACAGCACACAAGACGAGACACAGCACACAAGACGAGACACAGCACAAAAGACGAGACAUAGCACAAAAGACGAGACAAAGCGCAAAAGACGAGACACAGCAGAAAAGACGAGACAUAGCACAAAAGACGAGACAAAGCACAAAAGACGAGACACAGCACAAAAGACGAGACAUAGCACAAAAGACGAGACAAAGCACAAAAGACGAGACACAGCAGAAAAGACGAGACAUAGCACAAAAGACGAGACACAGCACAAAAGACGAGACACAGCACAAAAGACGAGACACAGCACAAAAGACGAGACAAAGCACAAAAGACGAGACAUAGCACAAAAGACGAGACAAAGCACAAAAGACGAAACACAGCAAAAAAGACGAGACAAAGCACAAAAGACGAGACACAGCACAAAAGACGAGACAAAGCACAAAAGACGAGACACAGCACAAAAGACGAGAAACGUACAGCACAAAAAACGAGACACAGCACAAAAGACGAGACACGGCAUAAAAGACGAGAUACAGCACAAAAGACGAGACACGGCACAAAAGACGAGACACAGCACAAAAGACGAGACACAGCACAAAGGAACGAGACUCAUUUUUAAGUAA